AAAAAUUUUAAACUCAAUAAUGCCUAAACAUGAGUUGGUUUUAUAUUUUUACUAAAUUUUUUACUCAAUUAGUAGUUUAGUUUAUUUUUAUUGUUUUAAAAUUUAGUUACUUAAUUUUUUUUAUCAAGAAAAUUUAAUGAUGGCUCCAACUAUUCAAAAUAAUACUACUCCCGAUAAAAGACCGCAGCGGCCUGCUGAAAGAAGAUCUGAUUUAGUAUGUAGAAUGAAGUAUUGCAAUACACUUCCAGAUAUUCCAUUUGACUUGAAAUUUCUAUCAUAUCCAUUUCAACCAACUAGAUUUAUACAAUAUAAUCCAACUUCUCUUGAACGGUCUUAUAAAUUUGAAAUUCUUGCUGAUCAUGAUUUGGGUCUCAAUAUUGAUCUCGUUAAUAAAGAUAAAUAUACAAUUGACUAUAACGCACAAAUGGAUCCUGCUGAUGAAAAACUAUUAGAGGAAGAUAUUCUUGCUCCACAAGAUUCUAAAAGAUCCAGGCAUCAUGCAAGAAGUGUUUCAUGGUUGCGACGUACAGAAUAUAUUUCUACUGAACAAACUCGCUUCCAACCACAAACUAUUGAAAAAGUUGAGGCUAAAGUUGGAUUCAGCAUUAAAAAGAAUUUCAAGGAAGAAACACUUUAUAUGGAUCGAGAUAGUCAAAUGAAAGCUAUUGAAAAAACAUUUGAAGACAAUAAAAAACCUAUUGAAAAACAUUAUAGCAAACCCAAUGUUCAUGCUAUUGAAACAUUGAGUGUUUUCCCAGAUUUCAAGAAUUGGAGAUAUCCAUGUGCUCAAGUAAUUUUUGAUUCUGAUCCAGCACCAAUGGGUCGGCCAGUACCAGCUCAAAUAGAAGAAAUGUCACAAGCUAUGAUUAGGUAUGUACAUUUUUAACAAUACUAUAAUUAA